CCUUUCUUCCCCCAAUAGUCAGAAACUUACGGCCUGACAACUAAACUCCCCAACUCCCCCGCCCAAUAAAUCUACUCCUACUACUGAAAAAACAAAGAAAAAGGGUCUUCCUCCUCCUUUAAUUCAAAAGCUCCAAUUUUUUUUAAUUAUUUUGCUUUCACUUUUGUCUUUACUCUCCCUCCUUCUUUCCCAACACCUCCCUUUUUCCCUUCCUCUUUGAUUUCAAAUCUAGGGUUUCUACUUUUUGCUCUAUUUCUUGUUUCUUUGAUGUGUGUGGGCACAGUCCCCAGUUCAACCACAAUUGGCCUCUCCAGCUCUGGUUUAGAAUGGCUUCAAGAAUGUGGCUUUGAAUAGCCUCUGCUAUUGGUUUAUGACAGUGAGAACUUUCAGUCUCUAUAACCACCAUUUUCCUCUUUCCUUUUGCAUUAUAUCUUUUGGGUGGAAUCUUGAAUGUUUAUCUGUCGAACUUUCUUGUAGUUUUUUUCCCCCUUUAAAACCCUUGUUAGGAUUUUGUUCCUAGUGAUCCUAUUGUUCUCCAUCUUAGUUCAAACUCUUUAUUCAGUACUGUAAUUAGGGUUUUUAAAGGGGUGUUAUACUAAGUAAAUGCAUGGAUGGGAGAGAAAGUAUGGCACUUUCUGGGUCUUCUUCUUUCUACUUCCAUAGAGGGGUUAGUGGGUCGGGUCACGCUUCUGGGUCUGGAGCACACACUGGGUUCCAAGACCCACAUGGGUUUAAGCCUGAUACAAACCCUAACUUUUCAGUUCAGACCAAUGUGAGGGAUAGUAGCUCUUUAGGAUCAACAUUCCAAGCACAGAACACAUCACCCAGUUUUCCUCAUGGCUUUAACAUGGGUGGUGGGUCCUCUGGUGUGCCAAUGGGGGAAACUGUAAAGAAGAAAAGAGGGAGGCCUCGGAAGUACGGCCCAGACGGGACCAACAUGGCUCUAGGGCUCUCUCCAAUGUCUGGGACGCCGCCGUCAGGUUCGGGGUCGGUCACACCGACCCCUAAGAAAGGUAGAGGCCGGCCGCGUGGCAGUGGUUGGAAGCAGAAGUUAGCUCCUCUUGGUGAAUGGAUGAACAAGUCAGCAGGACUGGCUUUUACACCACAUAUCAUCAAUAUUGCAAUAGGAGAGGACAUUGCCUCCAAAAUAUUGGCAUUCGCACAACAGAGGCCGAGGGCCGUAUGCAUCUUGUCCGCAAAUGGUGCGGUUUCAGCAGUCACACUACGCCAACCUACAUCCUCUAGCACCACAGUGACAUAUGAGGGGCGUUUUCAGAUAUUAUGCUUGUCAGGCUCCUACUUGGUUGCUGAAAGCGGUGGGCCUCGCAACCGAACUGGAGGUUUAAGCGUGUCCCUUUGUAGCCCUGACGGCCAUGUCAUUGGAGGUGGAGUUGGUGGCGUACUUACAGCAGGAAGCCCAGUUCAGGUGGUGGUAUGUAGUUUCGUGUAUGGCGGUUCCAAGGCAAAGGACAAAACAGUGGUUAGUCCUAAAGGCGGACAGAAUUCUGCCCUUCAGCCUGGUGAAAAAUCAGCUACACCAGUUAGUGCUGCUUCUAGCCAAAAUCUCACUCCAAAUUCUUCAUCUGGAGUUUGGCUUGGCUCGAGGCCUGAUAUGAGAAAUCUGAAUUCGGAGAUUGACCUGACUCGCGGAUGAUAGCAUGUAUAUAUGCCUGUCCGGUUGUAAAUGAACCGUGUCAAUGGUUCCAACGAACUCAUGACCUCAGCUUGUCUAGCUGGGAGUAGAUGAUGGUGGUGCUAACAUCUUUGCAGCAUUAACCCUGAUGAGUUAUCUUACUAUCAUUGUAGAUGUUUCCCGGCACUAUUGCCAUUUGUAGUUGGUGAAUAUGUUCCGUCUACAAAUUGAAUCAAGCCACCUUUCGUCUUUGCCAAAAAAGUUAGAGUUAUCAGCUUUGUGAUUUCCUGUAACCAGAUCUUAAUCUCAGUUAUGUGAAAAAUGUUGAGAACCUAACUGGGUACCGUCUUUAGUAGUUUCCCUGAUGUUUUGAAGAAUGAAUGUCAAGUUCUUGGCACU